CAAUUGUCUUAUCGAUGGUUAAACGUUUAAUCUAUGAAUAAAAUAUAAAGGACCUGGAACGCCGGCUGAAAUCUAUUUUUCAGAAUUUCUUAUCCCAAGUAAAACUGUGUUUUAGUCAGUAAUUUAAUAAAAAGUACAGAGCUUUAGUAAGAGGUUAUUGACUAAAAUGGAAAACGAAAUAUUGGACUCACUUAGCGACUUGAGCUAUGAAGGCCCACUCUCCGAAGAAGCUGUCUUUGCAAAGGCUAUUGAGGGAGGUGCCAAGUCCCUUGACUUCACCAAACUUGUGCAUAUAUUGGCUGAAGAGUUGAAGAAUCUCUGUCACCUCGAAGAGACUGUAAACAUGAUUAAUGAUCCAGACGAUUCAAGCUCUUUCCUGCUGGAACUUAGUUCAUUUUUGAAAGAAUUGGGAUGUCCCUACAAGAAAUUGGUAACAGGUCAUAUGUCAUCUCGACUACAAUCUAAAGACGAUCGUCUGUUACUGCUUGAUUACCUGAUCUCCGAGCUCAUGGCAGCUAGAAUGGUGAAUGUAGAUCGUCCACAAGAUAAGGGCUCAGGCAUGGAGAUUGUUAUGCGUGAAUCUCCAACAGCCAAAGAUCUCAAAGAUAUAUUGAUUACUCUAAAAUUCAACAAACCACCACCGAAUAUCACUCCAGAAGUGCUAUUCUCCAAGCUGGAAGGAAAGUUAAAGGAUACCAUACAAAAGGAAGGUGAACAAUUAGUUGGUAAGCCACUCUACAACAAGGCUUUAAGUGACAAAGAUUGGAAACAAUUGGAGACAAGCUUCACGGAGAUGUUUGAAGAAUACAGACUAAGGAGAGAGACACUUAUAACCAGAUUGGAAUGUACCAUACAAAGUUUUGAGUGGUCAGAUCGAUUGAAAACGCAGAAGGACGCAAUCCAGUCCACUUAUCGUCCGAAACGGGAACAUCUGAAACCGAAGCCAGAUGUGAAACUGUCAGACUUCUUAGCGGCCAGAACGUCGCUGCUGCAAGUAGAGAAGACUUCCAGUGCUACUGUUAGAAAGAAUACCAGAAGCGAUGUCAACAAAGUUCUCAUCGGACAAGUACCAGACCGAGGUGGUAGACCCAAUGAGCAGCAACCUCCACCGCCAGAGAUGCCCUCCUGGCAACAGAGAUCAUCAGCUCCGAGUGGUGGCGGCCGAGGUGGAGGAGGGCGAGGGGGUCGCGGUGGUGAAGGGGGCAGAGGGGGGCGCGGUGCUGAGGGGGGCAGAGGGGGGAGGGGAGGACGCGUGCAAGGCGGCUACGCGCAGACCACCGGAGACAGUAGACCGCAGUCCAGUCAGUCGGGCUACAACGGUCAGAACCAGCGGAAGUUUCAAACUUACGAAGUGCCCCCCGGCGGAUACGAUCAGAACAGAGGACGUUACGAGUCAAACCAGUCCGGGUAUAGCUCGAACCAGUCCGGGUACAACUCGAACCAGUCCGGGUACACGUCGAACCAGUCCGGGUACACGUCGAACCAAUCCGGUUACAACUCAAACCGGUCUAGUCUCGACCUAAACCGUUCCGGUUAUGAUUCGAACCGGUCGAGCUUUGAUAACAGCCGGGGCAGCCAGGGCGGCGGGUACACCCAGGGUUAUGGCGGCGGAUAUCAAACGUACGACAGCCUGGGAAAUUACAGUCAAGGGGGCGGAAACCCGGGCUAUCGGACCCAGAACUACUCGGGCAGUUCAGGGCGGGCCCGCGGCGGCUACAGGACCUCCCGUUGAUGCAGCCCAACAUCGGUCCGCGGACCGCACCGCGCCGCGCCCUCCUACGGCCACAGUGUCCGGUAAUAUCAGGGGUAUAGUAUCAAAUUUCACUACAUCGAAUUCUUUAAUUACUGGUGGUAGGACCUCUCGUGAGUCUGCACGGGUAGGUACCACCACCCCGCCUAUUGCUGCCGUGAAGCAGUAAUGCUUAUAUCUCAAGGUGGGUGGCGCAUUUACGUUGUAGAUGUCUAUUGGCUCCGGUAACCACUUAACACCAGGUGGGUCGUGAGCUCGUCCAUCCAUCUAUGCAAUAAAAAUAAAAUAGAGCACACUUUUGGAACACGCUAUAUAUGUGUGGGCCUAAAGAAAACUGAAAAGAAUAAUUUGAAUGUAAACACAAAUCUCUUGCAAUUUAAUAUUAGUGGAAUUUGAUACUAUACCCCUGACGUAUGCUAUAAGGGCGCGUUUCCACAAACAAUUUGACUUAUGAAUAUCUUGCAAUAGGAAGAAAUAUCGUUGCCUUAAAAAUAUCAUUUAAUAUAAUAUUUAUUUAUUUAUUACACUUCAUGUAAAAUUUACAUUGGCGGACUUAAUGCCUAAGGCAUUCUCUACCAGUCAACCAAAGGUAGUGCAGAGUGAAUAGUGGUAGGUGCAAUGAAAUUUAUAUUAGGUUGCAAAUACAUACAAAAAAAAGUAUAUCUACAUAUAUACAAAAUCACAUAUACAUAUACAUAUACAUACAUACUAAAUAUAUCGUCGAUAGGAAACAAAAUAAUUGCAUUUUAUUUAUUUAUCUUUGUAACUCGCAAUUUAAAUCGAAGCCCGUAAUGUACCGCGCGAUUCUUUGACGCUUUCGCAAUUUAUUAUAUAUUAUCGACUUUUUGGGCGGGAACGCGAGGAGUGUAGUUGUGUGAUUUGUUUUAUUUUGUCUAUUUAGUGUUUCUUCAGGCUUAAAUAUGUAAUAACGGUGGUUUAUUAACUGUUUAAUAUCUGUGAAAGUGCAUGAAUGUGGGAAAAUGAAACAAAGCCGCUGGACGUAACUUCUCGGGAUCCUCUAAAAAGUCCACUGAAACAAUCUCAGUAAACGACCACCAUUUUACUGAGAUUAUAUUUCAUCCCAAAUCAUCUCAUCUCAUUUCAUUUCACUCCAUAUUAUAAUUUUUCAUAAAAAGAACAAUAUAAAUAAAAACAAGACAUAACUUAAAGGUCUUGGUUACCAGGUCAUAAAAUCUCUUUAAAAAAAACGCAAUUUAUAUCUUAGGUUAGACUACGCGAAGCUAUUUUAAAAUACAUAUAACUUAAGAGAAUUGUUUAGUAAAUAAAUAAAUAAAUAUUUGCUAACAAUCACGCCACGUUAACUGGUCCCGUGAUAAGUUCGUAAAGAACUUGUGUUACAGGUACCAGAUAACGGAAAUAAAUGUAAGAUUUUUAUUAUACACAUACAUAUAUUUAAUAUACAUCCAGAACUCUGGAAAAUACAUUUAUAUUUAUCAUACAAAUAUCCUCCCUUGGCGGGAUUCGAACCCGCGACCCCCGUAUGUAGUGACCAUGUCACUUACCAGUACACCAGACGGCCGUUAAAUAAAUAAAAGUUGUUAAUAUAUUGAGUUUGUAAUUAUUGACGGAAAGUGUUUAAAAAACUUGUCACAAUACUUAAAGCCUAUAUUUGAAUUUGCGAUCUAUUAAUAUCUUUGAAGCCAAUUUUAAGCCAAUUUGUUCGUGGAAACGUGUCUUUUCGUCGAAAUUAAUGAGUUUUCCAAACGAUUGUUUAAUUACCAAAUAUAUAGUUAGCUGUUUCAGAUGCCAUACACAAUCAAAAUUGAUAAAUUGAUAUCUAAAUAUUAAACCAUAAAUACGCAAUUGUGUAUUAGCAUUGCCUCUUUUUUAAUGUCUGAACUUAUGAACAUUUGGUAGGCAGCGGCUUGGCUCUGCCCCUGGCAUUGCUGAAGUCCAUGAGCGACGGUAACCACUCACCAUCAGGUGGGCCGUAUGCUCGUCUGCCUACAAGGGCAAUAAAAAAAUAAAAAAAAACAUUUAUCUGAGUGUAUAACUUUUGGCAUUCGUGUAUGCUUAUUAAGUUCCAAAAUCGUUUUUUUCUUUUUUUUUUAUUGCAUAGAUGGAUGGACGAGCUCACAGCCCAUUUGAUGUUAAGUGGUUACUGGAGCCCAUGGACAUCUACAAUGUAAAUGCGCCACCCACCUCGAGAUAUAAGCUCUAAGGUCUCAGUAUAGUUACAUAUUAUAGUUAUAUAUUAUUAGCAUGUACUGAGACCUUAGAACUUAUAUCUCAAAGUGGGUGGCGGCAUUUACGUUGUAGUUGUCUAUUGGCUCCGGUAACCACUUAACACCAGGUGGGCCGUGAGCUCGUCCACCCAUCUAAGCAAUAGAAAAAAAAACUUUAAAUGGCUCUUCUCUAAAGUUAAAAAAAUGUCGCUUAAACCAAACAGCCUUUCCGCCCUCGAUUUAAAUGAAAAUUUCGCAGUUUUGUCUUUCUAGAUAAGGACUAAGUGUUUAAACAGUAAAACUAAAGUUUAUUGUUAUAAUUUUCAGUAUUUUUUUUUGUAAUGCUCACCAAAAUGUAGACCUUAUAUCAUUAUAAUAAAGUAAAUAUAUUUUUACUAGCGACCCGACCUUAUAUCAUUAUAAUAAAGUAAAUAUAUUUUUACUAGCGACCCGCCCUCGCUUCGCUUCAGAAACUGUAAUUUAUUAUUGAUUUCUCCACUAUUUAAUGCAUGUUAUUAUACAUAUAAACCUUCCUCUUCAAUCACUAUCUAUUAAAAAAAACCGCAUCAAAAUCCGUUGCGUAGUUUUAAAGAUUUAAGCAUACAUAGGGACAGACAGAUAUAGGGACAGAGAAAGCGACCUUGUUUUAUAUUAUGUAGUGGUAAUUACUGUCAUUGUGACGUAAUCAUAAAUUCUAUAAUAAUAUGGCGUUUGAAAGUCGUUGUUUGCUCUUUAUUUUUUGGUAAUUAAAAUAUAAAUCGGGAUACCGAAAUUAAUAUAAGUAUCUAAUUCUGAAUUCCGGACACACUGUCGCUGUAACUAACUAAAGGUGCGUAUGAAUAAAAUAGUUUUUAAAAUAUAAAUUUAUAGUAGUCUAAUAAAUUCGUCUUCUCAAGCAUUAUUAAAAAAAAAUAUACAUAGACAUUAAAAAUCAUAGAGAUCGUGUAGAUUCGCCUUUUCUAAACUAAGUAAUAAACAAAUUAUAAAUGUGAAGUAAAUGAAUUUUUAUGUUAUCAUUUUUUUAUAUAUUGUGUUUGAUAAAAAUAAUACUUAUAAAACGCCAAGACUUUUACAUUAGUAGAUAUAAAAAUUUUACUCUUGAUUAUUUUCCGUUUUUUUUUUGUAUCUCCAGUAUGUAUUUUUUCUGAAGAUCUUUAAUAUGCUGUACACUUGGUGAUAGCAAAUAAUAAUAUUGUGACCCUUAUUUUGUAUAUUGUGUUGACGGAGAUCUUAUAAUGAAAUACAGGCAAUUAAAUAGUUAUAGAUCAAUAUAGUAUUUAAAUAUUAUUAUUUUUAAAUAAAUUUGUGUGUAUCUUAUAUCUAUUGGCUUUUUAAAAAAAUAAUAAAGUGAAUAUUUUGCUUCGUAAAAGUAAUAUAUUUGUGUUUAUUUAUUUUUUAAUAUUAAUAUCAAUUUACUGCAAUAAAACAUUUGUAAAUCUAAAUACAGAUUUAUAUAUUAACUUUGAUAGUAACUUUUAUAUAAAUUCUCAGUAAAAAUAAUCUUUUAUCGCUAACAUAUUUGUUAUAAUUUUUAUUAGAAAAUUAGAAUCGUUAUCUACAGACAAGUAUCAAAAAUUUAUCUAUGUGUAUUUAAUUGUUACUUUUAAUUUAAUAUCUACCACAAAUCUAUGUUAAAUGUAAGAGUAUAUCAAUUUGAAAUCUUCCAUGAAAAAACAUAAGUGUUAAUAAUGUGUAGAACCUUAUGUUAAGAUGCAUUAAUAGAGUGACCCAUUUGAUCUUUUAGGUAUUAGUAGUAAUAACAUUUUCUUAUUUAAAUAAACUGCAUUGCAUUUUGAGUA